AUAUAUAUCAUUGUGUUUUCUGUAAGAAGAAGAAGAAAACAAGUGACUCUGUUUAAGAUUGAAUCGAAGAAAAAAUUGUGUUUUUUUCAAAAAGAAAUAGAAAAAGUGACUGAAAAUUCAAGAAAGUUAUUACGAAAACAUUUUGUGUAUAUUUUUUCAAUUAUAUCAAAUUUGAUUAGUAAAUCUAAUUUUAGCAAAGCUAAGUUAAGAAAUUACUUAAGAAAUUAAAAAGCGAAAUUUGUGUAUUUUUGAUUAAAAAGCAAAAAUCAUUAAUGGCGGCGGAGAUGAUGAUCAGAGGAGGUGGCGCGUCGAGUUCACCGCCAGCUUUGAUUCUAACAUCUGGAGCAAGUGGAAGAAUAAGAGCGAUUUUCUCUCCACGCGCUUUACGGAGUCUUCUGACGUUGAUCUACGCCUUCGUUUUGAUUUUGAUUUUGCCUUUUCGUGGUCGGAGAAGAGCAUCGUCGUCGGAGAAGAAGGAUCGUGAUGAGAUGAUGAAGCAGGAGAUUAUUAUUUGUGGCGGUGGAUCUUCAUCUUCAUCAUCAUCAUCAUCAUCGUCGUCGUCAUCGCAGCAGAAGCUUAGAAAAGGAUCAUCGACGGUUGUGAUGAGAGUACCUUCGGCUAUGGUUUCGUGGAGAAGAGCGGCGGCGAUGGAUCAUGAGGUUGCGGCGAGGAGAGCUUUGUCGAUUAAGCGUGUUUUAGAAGAAGAGGAGAAGUGUUGUUUGGUUAGGGAUUUUUCGUUGUUUGUAACGGCGAGAGGUGAUACUGUGUUUACUCAGUCGUGGGCUCCGCCGUCAUCGGUGAAGAUCAGGGGCUUGGUUAUUAUUUUGCACGGUUUGAAUGAACACAGUGGUAGAUACAGCGAUUUUGCAAAGCAGCUUAAUUCCUAUGGUUACAAGGUGUACGGAAUGGAUUGGAUUGGUCAUGGUGGGAGUGAUGGACUUCAUGCAUAUGUUCCUUCUCUUGAUUAUGCUGUUUCGGAUACGAAAUCUUUCAUUGAGAAGGUUGUAGCCGAAAAUCACGGGCUACCGUGUUUCUGCUUUGGACAUUCGACCGGUGGAGCCAUUCUACUUAAGGCAAUGCUUGACCCUAAAGUGGAAGCCAAUGUAGCGGGCCUCGUGUUGACAUCGCCUGCGGUUGGAGUACAGCCAUCCCAUCCAAUUUUCGCAAUUCUUGCUCCCAUCGUCUCAUUUUUGCUACCUAGAUAUCAAGUUAGUGCAGCAAACAAAAAGGGCACACCGGUUUCUCGUGAUCCCGAGGCUUUAGAAGCCAAGUAUUCGGAUCCAUUGGUGUACACCGGCUCCAUAAGGGUACGAACCGGUUACGAGAUUCUCAAAAUAACUUCUUACUUGCAACAAAAUUUGAACAAACUGAGAGUACCCUUUCUAGUUCUACAUGGCAAAGCUGAUACUAUUACCGAUCCCGAAGCUUCUAAGAAACUAUACGAAGAAGCUUCAUCGGUAGACAAGGAAAUCAAGUUGUUCGACGGGCUAUUACAUGAUCUUCUUUUCGAACCCGAAAGGCAAGAAAUAAUGGAAGAUAUAAUCGAAUGGUUGAAUCAAAGAGUUGAAAAAUUCUAAGGCAAUGCAAGUUAGGAAAAAGAGAAAAUAAAACAUAUUUGAGUUGGGGGAGUUUCUCUUAACCAUUUAGGAAAAUUGGAAAAACGAUACCAACUUAUUUAUUUUGGUAGAAACGUUUUAUUCCCAUUUUUUCUUUA